AUGGCCAAAAAUCAACAAAGAAUUGGAGAACAGACACAAGCCACCCCCAAUAAUCAGUCAAGAAGCGGAGCACAGACACAUGCCACCUCCAGUAAUCAAACAACCGAAACUGAUACCGAUAUGAAUAAAUGGUUAGUUUCCACAAUGACGUUACUGAAAUCGCUGGACAAUGGUUACAUUCAAUCAUGCAGCAUUCCCAUAGUUCCUGAAGAACUUAAAAACUCAACAAACAAAGAAGCUUAUAUGCCAAGGGUGGUAACAAUCGGUCCUAGAUUCAAAGGAAGCAGAGAAGACUUACUUCUCAUGGAGGAAGUCAAAUUACGCUGCCUGUUUUAUCUCUUUCACAGAAGCGACGGUGAUGUCAAACAAUUCUUGUUGAGCUGCAGCGAAGCCAUAUGGAAAGCAGAUGAAAAAAUUCGAGCAAGUUAUGUGUACAUGCCAGACAUUAAACUCAGCCAACAAAAAUUAGCAAACAUAAUGUUAAUAGAUGGAUGUUUUCUAUUAGAACUUUUGAUUGCCAAAGGCAUGGAUUCUGAACUACGAUGCCAGUCGUCCCCACCCAGUCCCGCACUUAAAGUGCUGAAAGACGAAGAUGUUCUGUCCGAUAUUCUAUUGUUGGAGAAUCAAAUACCAAUUAUAGUACUCCACAUAUUGUCUGAAAUACUUUUCCCCACUAAGUUUAAAACAGCAGACCCUAAGGAAAGGAUUAAAAAGAUUAAUAAUCUUUUUCUAUCUAUCACAGGCUACUCUCACUCUCAGGUUCAAGAUCCAAACUACUUUAAUUCUCCUCAUGUUAUUGAUAUUGUCCACGUUUUCGUUAACAGGGAAGGUGAGAGAAAAAGUCACGUGGUUGGUAAUUAUGUAGUACCCAUUGAUAGUACUCAGCAUCUGAAGCCCAAACUAAUGCGCUGUGCUUCGAGGCUCCAAGCUGCAGGGGUUACUAUCAAACUUGCUGAGGAAACAGCCAAUGGAAAUUGUUGCUUCAAUUUCCUUUGGAAAUGUUUUGGUGGUAUAUGCAUAAAGCUUCACAAUAUGCUUGUGACAAAUAAUCAAGUGGAUGCGCUAGAGGAAGUUAAAGGUAUGGACUUUUACUUUAACUUUGAAAAGGGGACACUGGAAAUUGCACAGUUAGAGAUAACAAAAACAACAAAAGCUAAGUGGUGCAAUGUCAUUGCUUGGGAGCAUCAUAAAAACAACUGGAAAUGUUCUACUGUUGUUUCUGGGAUCAAUGGCAAUAACCAGAUCAAUACAACUCAUCUUAGCCGGAAUUUUACUGCAUCUGCUUUGAUUUUCGAUGGGUUGAUUUGUUGUGCUGCUGAUGUGAAGCUUCUUAAGGACAAGAAUAUCAUUGUGGAUCAUUUGAAGAUGAGUAAUGAGGAGUUGGAAGAGUUUUUACAUUCCAUGUCGUUUGGAGUUGAUCUUGGGAUAGUUGAUUCAAGUUAUGUUAAAAUUGUUGAUGACUUGAACGAUUACUCGCAUUCAUUUUUUGUUCUGCGGAACUUGAAAAUAUUUUCCCAUCUUUUCAAGGGUCGUCUAGAAUGGCUCUUCAAGUUUUUGAAACAAAACUACAACUUUGUUGCUGCGAUGCUGGCUUUCCUCACUCUUGUGCAGACUGUUUAUACUGUCCUAUCCUACCAUUUACCCAAAUAA